AUGGAGAUGAAUGAUCUGGGCUUGUACACUUCCGAUGACGACACCAUGACAGCCAUGUCGCUGAGCAGCGGCCAGCUGCGCCUGACUGCGCCCGACCCUGGCGCGUACUGGUACACCCUGCUGGCCAACGCCAAUCAGUGCCGCGACAUGUCCAGUUACGCUGCCAUCCAAUUCUCCAUCCAAGCCCCCGUCGGAACCAAGCUCAUCUUGCAGCUGCAGUUCCGGAAUGACCGCUGCAAAGGCUGGGAAGGCUCCAGCGAGCUCCAGCUCGCAGGCUUUACCGGUGCGCAGCAGACUAUUCGCGUCCCCUUCACCGACUUUGACACGGCAGUGCCUGCGUCUCGUCUGUUUGCCGUGUCAGUGUUUGGUUUGAGUGGCAGUCCUGCGCCCAUCAGCAUUUCGCUCGACGAUCUGGUAUUUGCCUGCUAG